AAAUAAAUCGUGCUCAAACAUGAUUGAAAUAAAUUAAUUUGUAGUUCGGUGAACGAUCGUAAUGGUGUGAAAUAGAUUACGAGUUGUAACUUCUAGUGCAGUAAUUAUGAAAUUCGAGUAUAACGUUACGUUCAUUAUUUUCAUCGGUACGAUGAUUUUUCAUCCGAGAUUUCGAAAUUUGAGUGUAUUUUGCGGGAAGUACUUGUAUUAUUUUUUAUACACUUUUUCCGGCGCUGUUAUUGGUAUACCUUUCAGUUUAUUGUAUCCGUGCAGUACAAAAUCCAUGUGGAUUUACUGCUGGUUAUCCUACCUUGUAUCGAAAACAUUAGGAAUAGAAUGGGAAAUGCGAAAUUCUCACAAUCUAAUUAAGGAAGAUAAAAGUGUGAUCUAUGUGGCCAAUCAUCAAAACUCUCUCGAUUUGAUAGGAAUUGUUCGUUUUUGGCGUUUGAAUUCUUUACGUUGCAGCGUUAUAGUCAAAAAUUCCUUAUUUUGGCUUUGGCCGAUUGGUCCGGCUAUGUGGUUAGCUGGUGCUAAAUUCAUCAAAAGAGAAUCACCCUCGCAAGAGAAACAUAAAAAUUUCAACAAAUUAGUCGCCGAAUUGUUCGAGGAAAAGGAUAAACUGGCUGUUUUCGUGGAAGGAACAAGGAAUCCAAAUCCUGAGAAAUUAUUGCCUUUCAAAAAAGGCGCUUUUGUUGCUGCUAUUCGACAUGAAGUACCCAUUCAACCCGUUGUUUUUUCGCCGUAUUAUUUUCUUGAUUGGAAAAACAAAAAAUUCGGUUCAGGUAAAAUAAUCAUUGAAGUAUUGGAGCCUAUUAGUACAAAGAAUAUGACUAUGAAAGAUCUUGAUGAAUUGGUAUCCAAAACGUAUGAUGCUAUGUCGAGAAAAAAUACCGAAUUGAGGAAUGAAAUAAAACAUUGGCUCGCGCAGAAAAAAGAACGGUGACUUUCAAGUCUAGGUUUGAGUUAGACCACUUUUGAUAAAUUAUAGUGAGAUUUUUUUUAGUUCGUGUUGAUUACGUAUCAUAUUUUUAUACUAUUGUAUCAUUGAUAAGUUUAUCUAAAUCGUGUAUUUGCAAUAAAACGCCCCGUUUAAAAUUUAAAAUAACAUAUGUUCGUAUCAAUAUCGAAAUCCUACUGUACUACUUGACUAGUUAUUUGUGCCGUGCUUCUUAUACUUUGGUUACAAAAUUAUAUUAUUUUGACUGGUUUAUUA